UGCGGCGGCGCUAAUUGGUCGCACCGUGCCGGCGCCGGCGGCCGCCGUCAUGGGGGCGUGUCCAAGGGAGGAGCCACAGGCGGCGGCCGAGCCACGGGGAGCGGGGGCGCCCAGUGCCGCCCGCCCCGCGCCAGUGCCCCGCGCCCCCACCGCCCACAUGUCGCGCUCCUUCUCCGUGGAAGCCCUCAUCGGCCGCGACGACCGAAAGUCGGUCGUGUCCGGAUACGACAGUCGCAGCCCCGUGACCCAGUAUGUGAGCAAGGGCUCUCCGGUCGGGUUCGCACCCCCUCCGCCGCUGGCCCGGCCGCCGCUGCCGCCGCUGUACUGCACCCACUCGGCGUUCGGCCCGUUCUACCCGUGUCCGAUGUGUGUGCAGCUGGCGCGACCUCUGACCCCGGCCGUGACCCCGCUGACCCCGGCCGUGACCUGCUCCGCCGCCGCCGCCGUCCGCUACCCCGCCCAGCUGGUGGUCAGCAAGCCGACAUCGCCGGCCGUCGACAUCAAAGCGGAGUCGGCCGACAGCCCCGACGACGGCGGCUCCUCCAAGCGGAUCCGAACGGCGUUCACCAGCCACCAGCUGCUGCAGCUGGAGCGCGAGUUCAGUGCCAACAUGUACCUGUCGCGGCUCAGGCGCAUCGAGAUCGCCUCCUACCUCAGCCUCUCCGAGAAACAGGUCAAAAUCUGGUUCCAGAACCGGCGCGUCAAGCACAAAAAGGAGGACGUGGUUGGUGGCGGCGGCAAUCGCUGCCCGUGCUCCCAGCACGCGCCACGAGCGCAGCCCGCCUUCAGACCGGUGUUGUCGCUGUGUCCGCCGCUGGAGGCCGAGAGACGCAGGAUCAGUGGAACCGAGUGGCGAGCGGACAGCUCGGCCCUUCUGACGGAGGGCGGCUCCAGAGAGCUGGUAGGUGGCGGCACGAUAGCGUCUCCGGAUCUCAGCGCUACGCGAUCAGCGCACGAUCUCCACGUAGGUGGCAGCACCGCGCGGGAGACUCCGACGCCGCCGAGAGAGGGGGACGUGCCCGUCCUCCGAACCCAGGCCCUCCUCAGCAACCAACGAGGCCCCAACGUGCACAGUGAUCGCGAGCGUACCACUCCGCCCGUGAGUGGCAGCGUCACCGGUGCCUCAGAGGAGGCAGCCAACGCGGCGGUCAGCGCAAACCAGUAAACUGUAUACGGACUGCGAAAUCGCUCUACCGGCCAGUGACCAGUGGGAUGGAGCAAAAACUGCCAUCUUUCGGUAACAUGUGGACCAGUAUUUA